AGCUGAUUGGACAACCAGCCACGGUGCGUCAUCGAACGUGGCGGUAGGAGAAAUGACUCCGUGAAGUAAACAGUUGCGCUGGUGCUGUUCAGAGAGAAAUUAAAUAAGUCAGGCCGUGUUUGAAAAUGAGCAGGUUGCGUUCAGCGGUGCGUAACGGAAAGAGAGCCGGACUAGAGCUGUUAGAAGCGGCCGAACCAAAGCGGAAUAGGUCCAAUAAGGCGGCGAAAGAAGAAGAACCCGUGAACGCCUCCUCGCCAUCGUGCGCGCGCCACACCUUCCAUCCUCCUGCAGAUGUUGAGCUGCUGCGCGCUCAGCUGCUCCGCUGGUACGACGAGAACCAGAGGGAACUUCCCUGGAGGACGCUGGCCGUGACGGAGUCAGACCUCAACAUCAGGACAUACGCAGUCUGGGUUUCAGAAAUCAUGCUGCAACAGACCCAGGUUUCCACAGUUAUAGACUAUUACAACAAAUGGAUGAAGCGGUGGCCCACUGUGCAGCACCUAUCUUCUGCGACGCUGGAGGAAGUGAACCAGAUGUGGGCGGGGCUUGGCUACUACUCCAGAGGGAGAAGACUGCAUGAAGGGGCUCAAAAGGUGGAGUCGGAGCUUGAGGGACAGAUGCCUCGCACGGCGGACAGCCUGCUGAAACAGCUGCCCGGCGUGGGACGCUACACAGCUGCGGCUGUGGGCUCUAUUGCUCUCGGGCAGGUUACCGGAGCGGUGGACGGCAAUGUGGUUCGGGUGCUGUGUCGCCUGAGGGCCAUCGGAGCCGACAGCACGAGUCCCGCAGUAACAGAGGCCCUCUGGGGACUCGCCAAUACGCUGGUGGACCCUGAGAGGCCCGGAGACUUCAACCAGGCCAUGAUGGAGCUGGGAGCCCGCGUCUGUUCCCCUAGAGGCCCCGUGUGCAGCCAGUGUCCCGUACGGUCUCACUGCCACUCCUUCCGCACGGUUCACAGAGAGAAAGAGAAAAACGCCAGGAAGCCGCCCGCACCGCCCGAUAUAGAAGACUGUAUGAACAGCGAGACGUGUCCCCUGUGUCCCUCGGAGCCCUGGGACGAGGCGUUGGGGGUUCAGAACUUCCCGAGGAAGCCGCCGAAGAAGCCGCCUCGCGUGGAACGAACUCUGACCUGCGUGGUGACGAGACGCGGAGAGGAGGGAGGGGACGAGUACCUGCUCACACGGAGGCCAAAGAAAGGUUUGCUGGCAGGCUUGUGGGAGUUUCCGGGUCUCCUGCAGGGGGAGAAGAGCUCCGAGUCGAAGGACAAGGCGGCUCUGUGUGCUCAGAUCAGCGAGUUACUGGCAACCGAUGUGGCAGAAAGCCUCAUGCAGUAUGCGGGGGAGGUGGUUCACAUCUUCUCCCACAUCCACCAGACGUACGUGGUUCACAGCGUGCGCCUGAAGGACGCCGGCACACAGACGCGGGCUGAAAACGCCAGGUGGCUCACCAGGUCGGCUCUUCAGGAAGCCGCCGUGUCCACGGGAGUGAAAAAGAUUGUGAAGCUCUGUGACUCUGUGGACAGUGAAAAGGAGCAAAGCUGCAAUGGCGGGAAAAGGCAGAAUUGCACCGGCACGAAGAAGAAAAAGAACCAACCGACCUCCAAAAAACCCAAACUGAGUGCGGCUGACAGCGGCAGCAGACAGCUCUCCCUCAGCGCCUUCUUCAGCCGCGUGAAGCAGGAAUCUUAAUAUAUAUAUAUUAAUAUCAUCAAGUAUCGCGUGUCCCUGCAGGGACUUCUAGUCCAUCAGCUGUGUCGUUAAAUUUCUAGCGACCUCUUUGCUGAUAAUGUUUUCAUCACUACAUCAUGAAUAGUCUUCAUGUUUUACCAGCAGUGUGUAUACGUGUUUAUUAAAAUGAACAGUUUUUAUUUCGCCAUGAACAUAACUUUUGAUAAAUGAAUAAAGCCCAAACACAAGAAAAAUACUUGGUAUAAAUUGUUUGUUUAUUAUGUUGUUAUUAAGGUAAUAUGACACAAAAAUU